AUGAUACAGACAAUUGUUGAUUGCACCAACAGGGAAGGAGAAAAAGCAAGAAAAGACAAAUGGCAGAGAACUGAUGCAACUGAAAUGAAAGCUUUUAUAGGAUGCUUGCUCCACACUGGUGCUCUUCACCAGAACAGCAUUUCUGUUGAACUGCUAUUCAGUCCUGUACAUGGAAAUCCACUUUUAAGGGCAGCUUUUUCUAUGAAGAGAUUCAGCAACCUUCUGAAUCACAUUCGUUUCGACAACAAGGACACUAGAUCAGUUCGUCGUUCUCGUGACGUCUUUGCUCCCAUAAGGGAUAUUUGGGAAUUGUUCCAUAGUAAUCUCGCAAGGUAUUAUGUUCCAGGAGAGAACAUAACUGUAGAUGAACAACUUGUUGGUUUCAGGGGUCGUUGUAGGUUUAUUCAGUAUAUGCCAAGCAAACCAGAUAAAUAUGGCAUCAAAAUAUUUUGGGCAUGUGAUUCUUUAUCCAACUAUCCACUACGAGGCUGUCCAUAUCUUGGUAAAGAAAAAAGAAGUGCCAUGCCAGCAAAAAGAAAUUUAGGAAUUGCUUCAGAGAUUGUGGUUUCUCUCACCAGAGACUUCCAGGGAAGUGGUCGUAAUAUUACUACAGACAAUUAUUUCACGCACUUGCAACUUGCAGAAACAAUGGCCAAAAGUAGAUUGACGCUAGUUGGAACAGUGAAAAGAAACAAGACAUUCCUACCCAAGGACUUUCAACAAAAAAAGCAUCUGCCCUUGAAUGACUCUGCAUUUUUAUUCCGACCAGAGACCACACUGGUCAGUUAUCAAUCAAAAAAGCAGAAGAAUGUCUUGUUGCUUAGCACCAUGCACAACAACCCAGACAUUGACAGUACAAAUGCAUUAAAAAAACCAGAGAUCGUUCUCUACUACAACAAGACCAAAGGGGGUGUAGAUGCCAUGGAUCAAAUGGCUAAGGCAUUCACUGUCAAGCGUAAAACAAAAAGAUGGCCAUUGGUUGUCUUUUUCAACAUGAUUGACUUGGCAUCAAUUGCUGCAAGAGUCGUAUUUCAAUGCAAAUAUCCUACAAGUUCUCUGGGCCAUGCAGACAACAGACAGCUGUUCAACAUUGACAUUGCCCAAUCCCUCACCCUCCUACAAAUACUAAAGCGAUCUGUCCCAACACAUCAGGAUAUUGUGAAGCAGAAUAUCACCAGUGUUUUAAAAAUGUUACAGCCACGUGAAUUAGCUACACAAACAACUUCAACUCCUCCAAAAAGGCAAAGAACAUCUGAAGAUUCUUCUAAUUCAGCAACAAAGCAAAAGAGAUGCGCAUUGUGCCCAACAAAGAGAGAUCGAAAAACGAAAUAA